AUGUCAGACCAAAGCCGGCCAAGCCUGUGGAGAGUCCUCUCCGACACCUCACGCAUAAUCAGCUCCAACUCCCUCCACUUCGCCGCCCUUUCUCUCCUCUUCAUCUUCCCCAUCUCUCUCUUCAACAUCAUCCACACUUUGAUUCAGCCGCCAUCUCCCUUCAAUUCCCACUACCGCCGCCUCCUCUCCACCGUCGAUUCCACCUCCCAAGGCCAAAUCCCCUCAUUCGACAAAUCCCAACUCAUCUACUUCCUACUCAUCCUCAUCUUCCACCUCUUCUCCGUCUCCUCCGUCACCCACUCCAUCUUCCAUGCCUUCCACAAAAACCCCAUCAAAAUCUCAUCCUCUCUCAAAUCCAUCCUCUCCUCCUUCCUUCCCCUCCUCGCCACCAAGCUCGCCUACUUCGUAAUCUUCGUGGCUAUUUCCUUCGGCUUCGGAAUCUUCAUCGGUGUCGUUUUGUUAGGCAUGACGGUUAUAGGGAUGGAGACCGACCCCACCGCAAAAUCCUUCAUGGCCGUCGUUUUCAUGAUGAUGAUUCUGCUGGUCGCGGUGUUGGUCUACAUUGGGGUGAAGUGGUGCUUGGUGGAUGCGAUCGUCGUCGUCGAGUCCAAGUACGGCUUCGCGCCGUUCGACCGGAGCUCCAGUCUCGUCAAGGGGAUGGGGAGCUUGGCGUUCCAGAUCAUCGCGCUGCUGGCGAUUCUUCAAUGGAUUAUGUCGGGGUGGUUCUCGGUUUUGGCCGGCGGCGUUGCAGCAAGAACAAGUGACGGCGUAUGCAGCGGCGGCGUGGCUGUUCAGAUGGUUGUUUACGCUAUUUUGUCGACGGCGGUGGCGCUCUUCGGCCCGGCUGCAACAGCGGUGUUGUUUAUCCAUUGCAAAGCGUUGAAUGGGGAAUUGGAGGAAUUGAAGUUUGACAAGUUGGGGGAGGUUUAUGUCCAAUUGACUCAAGAUGAUGUUGCUGACAAGGUCUAG